CCAAUCAGGUACCAGGGAAUAUCCUUGUGGUAAAAACUUCCUUAUAAAGUUAAUCUAUCAUCGAUACAUUUCUUAUAAAUCAAACUUCCAGGGAUAAGAUACCUUAUUCUGCUUACAGUUAGUGCUACAGUAAUAUCAACACAUGUGAACUGGAACCAAGAAGGUGUUUACUCCCAUUUGCCCUUCUCCAAGGGCAUGAACAUGAAGAGAGAACAAUGAUCUCCAAAGAUAAAAUCCUUCUCUUCCUGCUGUUUUUGCUAACUUUGGGGCUCAUUAUUCAGGAAUUUGUCAAUAGGGUGGAUCAGCUGAAAACAUCUCAUCAAUCCCAUACGCUUCAGCUGUCAGACUGGUUUAGCCCCAGAAGACGCCCAGAGGUUAAAACAGUGACUGAUUGGCUUGCUCCUAUCGUAUGGGAAGGAACUUACCAUAAGUCAGUUUUAGAGGAUUAUUACAAAAAGAAGAACAUUACAGUGGGUUUGAUGGUAUUUGCUGUUGGAAGGUAUCUUGAUAACUAUUUGGAGAAAUUCCUUUCCUCUGCAGAAAAGUACUUCAUGACUGGUCAUAAGUCAAUUUUUUAUAUCAUGGUGGAUGACUCCUCCAAGCUGCUUUGGAUAGAGGUGGCUCCUUUUCAUACAAUGAAAGUAUUUGGAAUCCAGCAGAAGAAAAGAUGGCAAAGCAUUAAGAUGAUGCGCAUGAAGAUUAUUGAGGAUCACAUUGUAAAUCAUAUCCAGCAUGAAGUUGACUUCCUCUUCUGUAUGGAUGUGGAUCAGGCAUUUGAAAAUUACUUUGGUGUGGAAACCCUGGGUGAAUCUGUGGCUCAGCUCCAUGCUUGGUUUUAUAAAAAGAAUGCCAAUGAUUUCAAUUAUGAAAGGCGACCUUCCUCUACAGCAUUCAUACCUUUUAAUAUGGGAGAUUUCUAUUACCAUGUAGCCAUCUUUGGUGGAACACCCCUUCAGGUUUUGAAACUUACCCAAGCUUGUAACAAGGGAAUGCUUCAGGAUAUGAAAAAUGGGAUUGAGUCUUUAUGGCAUGAAGAAAGACACUUGAACAAAUACUUUUUUCUCAACAAACCUACUAAAAUAUUAUCCCCAGAAUAUUGCUGGGAUUUUUCAUUAAAAGACAAUUCUGAUAUUAAUAUUGUCAAAAUAUCUUGGCAAAACAAAUUAUAUGAUUUUAUUUAAAGUUGUGUACAGUUUUUAUGAAGACAGUGAAGAAGGUGGAUUCAACUACUAGUUUUUUGAAUUAGAAAGUUUAUCAUUCUAGCCAGCAAGUAAAAAAGGCACCUAUUUUAAAACAUUUUGGAAAAAAAAAACUAAGAAAAAGCCAUGUUCCCAAAAAGCAAACUUUCCAAGCCUUUUCUUGCUUGUAAUCUUGAACCUUGUAAUAUUAAUGAGGAAUAAAGAACAAUUCUAAAGUAA